AUGGAGCCGUCCACCAUUAGUAUGAGCUACGGACCAAGGCCUGAUAGUCAAGAUGCGAUCCGCCAAGCCGAGGAAUUCUUCCACGCCACUUCAUCCAAGGGCGACUGUCUCGCAAAAUUUGACAACCGCAUGACGAUGACCGUGGAGCUGCAACGACGCUGUGGCUCGUUGAUCAACCUGGUGGAUUUCCAUCUCAGCAGCAAUGCGACGAUGAAGAAUGAGAACAUCUCGUCCUGUCUUAGACAACACAGGCAAAAGCUCGAAGACAUGCUACCUCCUUGCCGCUUGAUGAAGCUACCCGCCGAGAUUCGGGACAUGAUAUUUGCAUUCGCUGUCACAGAGUGGGUAGUUGCCUCAGGCAGAGGUGCUCAAAUUGGAACCCCACCACGCACAAUGCGCGUCCUUGAACAGAGCGCGAUCCGUAUUGACAGGCUAAACAAGCCUGCACCACCAGCUAUCAUCCUUGUCUCCCGCCAAGCGCGCGCAGAAACCUUGCAGCUGUACUACGAGCUCAACGUGUUUGAGUGCUGGAGGCCGUUCAACUACUGGAGCGUAGGUUGGAGCUGUAGCACGUUCAUCUACUGGCUCGGCUCUCUUGGUGGCAAGAUUGGGUGGCUGCGGCACAUUGUACUGCUGUACAAGUCUCAAGAGGAAUUGGCAGAGUACGACAUCGGUACUGCGCUCCGUGAGAACGGGUUCGAUCUACACGCUCAAGUCUCUCAUCGCUGUGAGCUGAGUGAAUAUGAAAUGAGUUAUGAAGCCAUGGGUCUCCCAAGACAGUUCGGACGACAGCGACGGUGA